AUGGAGCAGCCCCAUUACGGCCGCACCGGACUGCUUGUGUCUCGUCUAUCAGGCCUGCCCGUUACGCAGCCCCGCCUCAUCACUUCAAGCGACGGUGCAACGUCCACAUCGCGGACACUAAAAUGGCGUCCGUCCUUGCUGACGAUUCCCCAGCAGCUGCUCGAUGCGCUGCGCCGCGAGGACGACGGUGCAGAGGAUGGCUUCAACUCAACAGGGCACAGGUUUAACGACGACCCGACUCUUGUGACGUACUUGCGCGUGGCAACGAUCGCGGAGUUUCUCGAGCGGCGGUGGCGUUACGGGGGAUCUCCCCGACCCGCUGCUUCUCCCCCUCCCCCAUCGAGCGCGUCACCCUCACGCGCGGAGACGUCCGGCUUGUACGCGAGCGUCUUAAAAUGGAGCCGAGGGAAGGUGAACUCGACGAGAAACUCAACCUCGUCUUCAAAUUCUAAAAGCAGCGCCUUCUUCGCGCCUGCGUACAAGCUGCUGGUCAUGAAGGAUGAAAAACGAGUUGUGGAGUACGCGAACAUCACCUGGCGCUCUGUGUGGCUGCUAGGCAAGGAGCCGGUGGUGAACGAUGUGCCGCUGGAGCACCCUUCCUGCUCGGGGCAACACGCGGCGUUGGAGAUGCGCUUUGUGCUGGUAGAUGAAGCACCGCUACAUGAAUGCGUAGAGGCACACACGCAGGGUUCAUCCGCCCCUCACGCUGGACCGCCGCACUACGCUCACGACUCGGAUACUUUGAAGGCGUUGUGCGAGGGAAUGUGGGAGGUGCUGGCGAGUCAACAAGAGGCAGCAGGCGGGGAUGCCUCAGGUGUGUGGACAAUGGAAUUGCAGCUGAUCGACUUGGGCUCCACCAAUCACACCAAGCUGAACGGUGCGGUGGUGCCGGCGAUGGAGCCGACGACGGUGAUUGAGUCUGACGUGUUCGAGUUUGGAUAUUCCACACGGAAGUAUGUGGUGCUGCGCAACGCGUAG